UUUAAUCACAGAUAAUUUUGUGAUGCUCUGCUCGUCCCUGUGCGGUGUCAGGAGAUGGACUGGGACCAAUUUGACUUGAACCCUAGAACAGUUGCUGCCUUGAAGAAAGCUGACAUCAAAUCAGUAAAAGAGAUUUUAAACCUUUCUGGAGCAGACUUGCAAAGAUUGAUGAAGCUCUCCAGUGCAGACAUACAGUGCCUGCUGAAAACAGUCUCUCUCACGCUGAGGAGGAACAGCAUGGUCACAGCACUUCAGCUCUACCAAGAUAAUGAUCAUCUCACCUCCCAGCACCAGAAGCUGAGCCUGGGAUGUUCAGUGCUGGAUAACUUGUUGAAAGGUGGCAUUCCUUUAGUGGGAAUCACAGAGCUUGCUGGGGAAAGUUCUGCUGGGAAGACUCAGAUUAGUUUACAGCUGUGCCUGUGUGUGCAGUAUCCUUACAAAUAUGGUGGAUUAGAGUCUGGAGCUGUCUACAUUUGCACAGAAGAUGCAUUCCCAAGUAAACGUUUGCAGCAACUCAUAGGCCAACAACAUAAGCUGCGUGCAGAUGUUCCAGCUGAAAUCAUACAGAAGAUCAAAUUUGGAAACAGUAUUUUUGUUGAGCAUGCAGCAGACCUAGACACCUUCCACAAGUGCAUCACGACGAGGCUUUCCCUGCUGCUGGCCAGGGGCAUGGUGAGGCUGGUGGUCAUCGACUCCAUCGCCGCCUUGUUCCGCUGCGAGUUCGGGCCUUCGGAGUCCGUCAUGAAGGCUCGGUACUUGCAGACCUUUGGAGCACAGCUUCACAGUUUAAGCACAAGGUUCAGGACUCCAAUAAUGUGCAUUAAUCAGGUGACAGAUGCAGUGAGCGAGUUGGAAGCUGCUCAGUGCAGUUGUAGGGUAGUGGGUAACAGAGUUGUUCCAGCACUUGGAAUAACCUGGGCAAAUCAGCUGCUGAUGAGACUGAUGGCCAGCCGGAUAUCCCUGCCUGGACAAGCAUCUGGAGUGGCAUCACACUGCACUGGAAGUGUGAGGACUUUAAGGGUAGUUUUUGCUCCUCAUCUUCCUCCAUCCUCUUGCUACUAUACAGUACAGUUGGAAGGUGUAAAAGGGAUAAAAUAACUCCUUUGCAUAGUGAAGUAUUCUGCUCCAAAAAAAGGUAUCAGAACUAUGCUUCAGGAAGAAUUACUACUAAAAUGCAAUUCCUCCUAGAUGAGAGAAGUGGAUGGUCAAGUAUGUGAACAAUGGUAUGACUACAUUUAGCCUUGUCUGCAUUGUGAAAGAUGAUUUUACACUUGAAUAUUCAUCUUGUCCUGGUGAGAGAAGUGUUCUGGAGGAGGGAACCUGUGGGCAGGUGGAGGCUGCACAGUGAAGUGGGAUGUGGCAACCCCCAUGUUGGGGAACACCUGAUGUCUAAUUUUAUUUUAAUAACAUACUAAUCUAGAACCAGCAUUUACUGCAGUUGUGUACCCUGUUUCCAGACCCAAAGGGACUCAGCUUCAAUCAGUUGAUGUUGCCUGCUGGUGGUUCUGGGCCUCACGCUGCCAUUAAGGAUAGCUGUUCUUUGAAAUAACACAAGGCAGCUUUGUCACAAAGCAGCUGUCCUGUUUUAAAACCACUUGUUAUUAAUAUUUGGAUUUUAAAAAAUACAAUACCAGAAAUGUACUUGAUUUUACCACCUUACUGUAAGAUUUAAAAUUGUACUGCCUUUGUACUAGAUGGGCAUGUUCAGCUUCAUAGCACUUCUACAAUUUUUUCUAAUGCUUUAUUUCCACUCUUUUCCUGCUUUCCUGUCCCACUCCCUUCAUAGCAAAAGCCUCUUUAGCCCCUUUCAUUUGAAAAAUAAUGAACCACAGCCCCCAUCCCCUUGUUCUGUGGUUACAAAGCUCAGGUCUGUCUUUUGGCCAGGGUACACUACAUUAGUGAAACAGAGACCUCCUCUACCUUUUCCCAGUCAUCCUCUUUCAGGAUAAAGGCAGCCAUCCUUUCAUGUGGAAGCACACAGCUGGACAGCAGA